CCUUGUUACUUGGCAGUAUCAAAUUUCUUUAAUGUUACUUUUGUGCUGCAUACAAACUAAACAGUUAGACACAGAUCAGUAAAUUUGCUGGUUGGGAAAGGAAUGGUACUGCCACCAAAAAAGGUUGUCCAGCUUCUUGCAGCCAUCUUCACUGAAACUAAGGUUGUUAACUCCUCGCUCUCUAUGGACGGCUACUUUCUGUGUCCAAGGACGUGAAGACUUCCCAUGUUCCUCCUGUCAUUUCAUCUUCAAGUUCUCCUGGAUAGUUGGCAUCGCUGUGGAACACCAGGGCUGGAGAUUCUCGUCUGGGUCAAUUAAAAAAAAGAAAGCAGAAUGCAAGACGACAACAUAGAAGCUUCCACUUCCAUAUCUCAGCUUCUAAGGGAAAGCUAUUUAGCUGAAACCAGGCAUCGGGGAAACAUCGAGAGAAGUCGGGCAGAGUCUACCCCCAAUCCUUUCCAUUUUGGGAGUCUUGCUGGAGCUGCUGGAGGAGGAGGAGGAGGUCAAGAUGACCUUCCAGAUCUUUCUGCCUUCCUGAGUCAAGAAGAAUUAGAUGAAAGUGUCAAUCUGGCAAGACUAGCCAUCAAUCAAGAUUCUAUGGAUAGCAAAGCUGAUGAUUCCCAAUCUAGAAAACAUCUUUCUUCUGAUCAGGUGAAAAAUUCAACUAAAUCAAAUUCUGAUCCUAACUUCUACCAGUAUCACCCUGAGACUCAAGCCAACUCCAAAGAAAGCAUUCAAGAGACAAAGAAGCCACAGUACAGUUCAGAAACCCAGUCCAAAAAGGUAUUCCUAAACAAGGCUGCUGAUUUCAUUGAAGAGCUAUCUUCUCUAUUCAAAGCCCACAGCUCCAAAAGAAUCAGACCCCGUACCUGCAAAAACCACAAAAGCAAGUUGGAUUCUCAAAGUAAAGUCCCACAGGAAAACAGUGCCAGUUUUUCUGGUCUGUCUGAAAGACGGGAAAGAUCUUCUAUUCCCAUCCCCAUUCCUCAGGACACCCAAGAUAAUGAAGUGAAUCAUGCCCUUGAACAGCAGGAGGCUGAGAGACUUCAGGAAAUUGAGCAAGUUACCAAUGAAAAAACCAGUACCGAUGUCACCCCGGAUUCAUCGCCUUCAUCUUUAUACUAUGAAGAGCCUCUGGGACAACCACCACGGUUUACUCAGAAGCUACGGAGCAGAGAAGUUCCAGAAGGAACUAGAGUGCAGUUGGACUGUAUAGUAGUAGGAAUUCCACCACCUCAAGUAAGGUGGUACUGUGAAGGGAAGGAACUGGAAAACUCACCUGACGUUCAAAUCACCCAGGCUGGAAACCUGCACUCGCUGACCAUCACUGAAGCCUUUGAGGAUGACACAGGGCGUUAUUCGUGUUUUGCUUCCAAUAUCUAUGGGACAGAUUCAACUUCUGCAGAAAUUUAUAUAGAAGGUGCUUCAUCGUCUGACUCUGAGGGGGACGUUAGUAAGGAAGAUAUGAAUCGGGCCCAGAAGCCGAGUGAGGUGUCCUCACCUCCUACUAAUUCUGCGGUCACCCCGAAGGAAGGCGCAGAAGCACAGCCUAGAGUGGUCCGGCCUCACCUGUCUACCGUUCAGCAGUGUCAGAGUCCCACAAACUACUUACAAGGACUGGAUGGAAAACCUAUAAUAGCAGCUCCUGUGUUCACAAAGAUGCUGCAAGAUUUAUCAGCCUCUGAGGGUCAACUAGUUGUUUUUGAAUGCAGAGUUAAAGGAGCACCAUCCCCCAAAGUUGAGUGGUACAGAGAAGGGACAUUGAUAGAAGAUUCUCCAGAUUUUCGAAUUUUACAGAAAAAACCACGGUCCAUGGCUGAACCAGAGGAGAUUUGUACACUGGUCAUUGCAGAAGUGUUCUCAGAAGAUUCUGGGAAUUUCACUUGUACGGCAAGCAACAAGUACGGCACAGUGUCAAGCAUUGCCCAGCUGACCGUGAGAGGGACUGAGGACCAUAGCAAUAAUAUCACUCCCCACAGAGCCAAUUCCACGGGCAACUCAACUGUUGUCGAAAACCCACCAUCCCCACCUAACCCAGAGCCGCGUUCCAUGGAACAACCCCCCAAACCCAAACUUGAAGGAGUUCUGGUGAAUCACAAUGAGCCCCGAUCCAGCUCUAGGAUUGGUCUUCGAGUACACUUCAAUUUACCUGAAGAUGACAAAGCAAGUGAAGCAUCUACUGAAGAUGGAGCAGAGGUUGCUGACCAGAUCCCUGCUGACCUUUCACAGGAUCGGUUCAGUGGGCAAACAGCAAGGAUACCUGAACCUCCUUCACCUGUCAGAGAGCCCCCUCCUGUACUAGCUAAACCAAAACUUGAUUCCAGUCAAUUACAACAGCUUCACAACCAAGUUUUAUUGGAACAACAGCAGCUGCAGUUUCCAUCUUGUUCAUCUCCAAAAGAGUUUCCUCUGAACAUAAGCACGACAAACUCCAUGGCUCCUCCGCCAGUGGCAGCCACCUGCAAACAGGUGAAGGCCCCUCGGGCACAGACAUUCACUUUUACUCGGCCUAAGCAGUUUUUCCAGUCUCACAGUACGAUGCUGGCUGCCACAUCCCCUGCUGGUUCUCCGGGGUCCACCUUCAGCAACACAGUCCAAGCGAUCCAGAGGACGGCGAGUAAGGAAAGCCUUCUGGGCUCGCACUCCUCGGCGCCAACGAGAUCUCUAGGGACCUUUUCCAAUCAAAAUGCACAACCUUUCAGCAGUCCAGCAGAACCCGCACAGCCGCCACUCACAUUCUCUGUCUCCAGUGGGAACCAGUUUCAGCCUCGUUGUGUGUCCCCCACUACUACCGUCUCUCCUACAGGCCGGAUUCAAAACCCGGUGGCUUUUCUCAGUGCGGUCCUCCCUUCCCUGCCCGCCAUCCCGCCCACCAACGCCAUGGGCCUGCCCAGGAGUGCCCCGUCUGUGUCACCCCAGGGAGUGAUAAAGAAAAAUCUAAAGUCUCCUCAGCCAGUGACAGAUGACCAUAUUCGUGAAAAGAAGGCUGCAGUGAUUCAGGACUUAGAAAAAAAAAUGCAUUUCAGUGACAUUCGAGCAUGCCAGCAGGAAUACAAGAUUUCAAGCUUUGAGCAGAGGCUAAUGAAUGAAAUAGAGUUCCGUUUAGAACGUACCCCUGUGGAUGAAUCUGAUGAUGAAAUCCAGCAUGAUGAGAUCCCGACAGGCAAAUGCAUUGCCCCCAUCUUUGACAAGAGACUCAAGCACUUCCGGGUGACAGAAGGCUCUCCAGUGACAUUCACCUGCAAAAUUGUUGGAAUACCUGUUCCGAAGGUUUAUUGGUUCAAAGAUGGAAAACAAAUUUCUAAAAAAAAUAAACGUUGCAAGAUGAAGAGAGAGGGGGAUGGGACGUGUUCUCUGCACAUUGACUCAACCACCAGUGACGAUGAUGGAAACUACACAAUCAUGGCCGCUAACCCACAGGGGAGAAUCAGCUGUUCUGGCCACUUGAUGGUGCAGACUCUGCCCCUGCGUGCUCGACUGACCCCAACUCAUUCUCACAGGGGGAGAGCCCGGAUGCAAGAACGAGAUAAGGAACCUUUACAGGAACGAUUUUUCAGGCCUCAUUUUCUUCAGGCUCCUGGUGACAUGGUUGCUCAUGAGGGACGGCUCUGUAGACUGGACUGUAAGGUGAGUGGCUUACCACCCCCAGAACUGAUGUGGCUGCUCAAUGGCCAACCCGUCCUGCCAGACAGCACCCACAAGAUGCUGAUUAGAGAGACUGGAGUCCACUCUCUGCUUAUCGACCCUCUUACCCAGAAGGAUGCCGGGACCUACACAUGUGUUGCUACCAACAAAACAGGACAGAAUUCAUUCAGUCUAGAGCUCACGGUAGUAGCCAAAGAAGUGAAGAAAGCACCCGUAUUCCUAGAGAAACUACAAAACAGCGGUGUGCCUGAAGGCCAUCCUGUUCGACUAGAGUGUCGUGUGGUGGGCAUGCCCCCUGUGUUCUACUGGAAGAAAGACAAUGAGACCAUCCCUUUUACCAGAGAAAGAAUCAGCAUGCACCAAGAUACAACAGGUUAUGUCUGCCUCCUCAUCCAGCCAGCCAAGAAAGCAGAUGCCGGAUGGUACACAUUGUCUGCCAAGAAUGAAGCUGGCAUCGUGUCAUGUACUGCAAGACUGGAUAUCUAUGCCCAGUGGCACCAGCAGAUUCCACAGCCCAUGUCAGUACGACCCAGUGGCAGCCGCUACGGAUCCCUCACCAGCAAAGGACUUGACAUUUUUUCGGCCUUCUCAUCUAUGGAAAGUACAAUGAUGUUUUCGUGCUCUUCUCAGAGUAUGGUGGAAAGUGAAGAACUUUAAAAACCUCAGGGUUCCUGCUGUGGAGCUGAAAGACUGUUGAGAGGAAAGAAGCCCACCACCAACAACAUGAAGACAUAAGCCAAGACCCGGGAGGUUUCCACGCAACUAGUUUUUAGUAAGUUACCACGCACGCAGCGGACUUGUUGCAAGGAAUACUCUGAGCAAGCGGAACUGGGUAGUCUCCCAGUCACAGCAGAGGAGGGAAGGGAGUGAGUGACAAAGAGAAAUGAGGAGACACAGGAUAAUUAAACCGAAAGUGCCAUGCAGUAGUCUGCCGCGACUCUGGGCAAAAGCUACUGCUCCAUCCCAUGCUGUGUUAGAGAUGCGUAGUGCUGCACAAAAUAUUCUCAGAGGCAAUGAGCUUGUGCUUAUAAGGUAUGCACCCUAGAGCCCCUAGAAUAGGUCUAACCUGCCAGAUUCAAGAGGACGGAAAGAAGCUAAGAGAUGACGACCUACUCUCUGCAGUCGUGCCGACAGUAGUAAUUUGAGGAGAGCUCGUCUAAUCCGCUUUGUUAUAGCGUUAUAGAGGGGUAACGUAGAACAUCUGUAGGUAAAGAAGCAAGGUCAUCUUUCUCAUCUUGGGCAAACUGAACUACACAAUAAGUUGCCAAGAAUGAGGGAUAUGUUUGUCACUCACAGGCAGACACAACUACACAGUGAGGUGAAUUAACAUCAUGUAACGUGCAUACCACUUUGUGGUUGGCAUUGAUGCCUAUCUGCUUCGCUUUUUUCUGUUUCUGAGUUUGACUACUGAAUUAUAUUCACCAAGGACUGAUUUUCCAACCUAUGUCAUAACCAGUUUAUUCCUGAUUUAGUACGCCCCUGUAGCAUUGAACUAGUAGAGUAUGUUGGUUGGACUAGCCAAAGGGGAACCAUGGGGAAGUGCUGAGAAACCUCCAACAUCAUCUAAAGAGCUACUAGCUGUGCUACUGUUUCUAAAACUUAAAGAGGUCAUCUCAUGUUACAGCAACAACUUAGCACAUAAAGAAAUCAGAAAGGAAAGACCUCAUCAAAAGCCUUAAAACAUGUAAUUCAGUCCCCUGAUGUAUAGAGCUUGAGUUUGAGAUUCUGUAAAAAAAGAAUUCAUGCAAAAGAUAGGAUAUACUUAUUAGAAGCUUAGUUCUGGAGAAUGGAGAAGGGGAAACAGAAGAAAAUUAACUUGAGGAAGUUAUGAAAAAUUCAUGGUUUAAAUUUCUUUACCAGAGCGGUGGGCGGUUAGGAAAAGCAACCAUUUUAUAUUUUUAACUGCUUUGAGAUCCCCAACUAAAAAGUGGUACCUAAGUAGAAACUAUUAUGCUAAACUAAAAGGUGAGAGGAAGGGGAACCAGCAUUUCUGGUUCUCAUUGGUCAGUGCAGACUCUGCCCCAGAUCAGGGCUGAUUCUGCAGGGACAUGAGUUGAUGGUGUCUCUGUUCCCAGCCACUUGGCUUCAGGGAAAGUCUCUAGUCUCCUUUUCCCCUAGCUUCCCACAGAGGCCAAGGGAUUGAAGGAGCCCAGGGGAAAACUGUUCAUUUGUUGAGCUCUUGGUAUGUGAAGGGCACCAUGAAAGAUACAGACGUGAACAGGGCGUAAUUCCUGCCCUCAACAGAUGAACUACCCACAAAUGACUGUCAUUCCUCAAGGCACAAGCAGGGAUUGUUUCCCUGCUGCUAAAAUCUGUUCUUUAGUCAGAAAGAGGUUCUCAGUGAGGUUCUGUUUGCACCUUUGGAAAUGAGCCGUAAGAUGCUAGAUAUUCUAUCACUAAGGAGUAAAGGUUUUACUUCAGUUAUUCAGAGAAAAUGCUAGACUUUUUAUUUGUCCAAGUAAAUCUCAUGGUAUAGAUAGCAAUGCUCUGUGGAGCAGCUGCCCUGCAGCAAAAUGAACUACAAAACCAACUUCUACCCAGGGAAUCCUAUUUCCUCAUUGAUUUCUAUACAAAAUUGAAAAAUUUUUUGUUAGAAAAAAAGAAUCAAUAGAAUAAGUUUCAAAAUAUUUUUAGUAAGAAGAGACAGCUAAUGUCUAGACCCAUUAUAUGCUUACAUGCAGCGCUGUUCUGACUCUUCUCUGCUACU